GUGUGUGUGAGAGAGAAGAGAGAGAAUGGUGUGUGUAUGGAUAAAAUCGUAAGAAAAUUACAGUAAAAGUGAUAAAAUAAUCGAAAGGAAAUCGGCAGGGAGAAGAAGAAAAGCAUCCAGAAAAGAAAGAAAGAAAGAAAAAGUAGUGUUUCCUUCCUUCCUUCCUCCAUAGUCUCUUUCUUUCUUUCUCUUCAACAAAAUCUCUGUCAACUACUACUGUCAAAUUCUGAUCAAUCCAACCCUUUUUACAUUCACAAACGCUAGCUACUACUACUCAAUUCAAUCCAAUCCAACCCAACCCAACCCACCAAGAAUCGUCACCAUUUCUUUCUUUAAUCAUUCACAACUCUACUCUUGUGCUGUGUUGUGCGUGCUCCACAGACAAGCAGACAUGGAAAAUCACUAACCACAAGCUUCGAUAACCAUGGACUUGGACCAGAACAGGAUUCAUCAAGCCCCAGCAACCUCACGUCGGAAGAGAUGGGGAGGAUGCUUGAGUGGAUUAUCGUGUUUUGGAAAACAAAAAGGUGGAACGCGUAUCGUUCCUUCAUCUCGCGUACCUGAAGCCAACAAUUCGGCUAACCACCCUCAAAAUGCACCCCAAAAUAAUAAUGCAAUAACUCACCCUUCUAUGAUAGUCCUUUCCCUUCUAGCUCCACCAUCAUCACCCGCAUCUUAUUCCAACUCUACCCUCCCUUCAACUGCACAAUCGCCUCGAUGUUUCCUCUCCUUAUCUGCCAACUCACCAGGCGGCCCUUCAUCAGCUAUGUUUGCUACAGGGCCAUACGCAAACGAUACACAGCUUGUAUCUCCUCCUGUUUUCUCCACCUUUACAACUCAACCCUCAACUGCUCCUUUAACACCCCCUCCAGAAUUGGCUCACAUCACUACCCCAUCUUCCCCAGAUGUACCCUUUGCCCGGUUUCUUUCUUCCUCUAAUGAACUUAAACGAACCGAAAAGCCUAACAAUCUCCAAUUAACGUAUUCCCUCUACUCCAGUGGCGGAAGUCCUUCAAGCAGCCUCGUAUCACCUGGUUCAGGAACUCCGAGAGAUGGCUUAUCGUCGAAUUUCUUCUGUCCGGCGACGUUUGCUCAGUUUUAUCUGGACAAUUCAACCCUUAAUUCUGGUGGCAGGAUUAGCGUUUCCAAAGAAUCUGACGGGUUUUCUAACAGUUAUGGAAAUGUGCAUCAAAACAAGCAAGGCAGAAACAGUAAACAGGAUAUGGAAGAAAUUGAGGCGUACAGAGCUUCCUUCGGAUUCAGUGCUGACGAAAUAAUCAGUACACCUCAUUAUGUCGAAAUUGCUGAUGUCAAUGAUGACGAGCCUUUCACCAUGAUGCCGUUUAAUAUGGUCCCUCCUACAAAUGAAGGAAAAGUUGGCGCUGAAAUUAUUUCGCGAUCACUGAGCAUCAAAACCAAAUUGGACAAGGUCGAUGAAGGUGUUGUUGUUCGCCAUGAAGGCCAAAGUUCAUACGAAAAACCCGAAGGUGGUUUAGGGAAGAAUGAAUCAGAAGAAGACAUAUUUUGUGGGUUGGAUGGAUCGAAAAAUAGGAGGAAAUAUCAUUUUGGAAAAUCUUGUUCAGAUGCUGAAGUUGACUAUAGGAGAGGAAGAAGAAGAAGCAGCAGCUUGAGGGAAGGUGGUUCUGAAGAGUUUUGGCUGGCAUGACUUAGAAAUAAAUAAUAAUAAUUCUUCUUCUUAUUCUUAUUACAUAUUACUAUGUUUAAAUGUUUACAUUUCAGAAGCUUAAUAACUAGUUUGAAAUGUACCUAAAAAUCUGAAACUGAAUUAUUAUUAUUAUUAUUAUUAUGCAGGAUUAGUUAUAUCACA